AUUUUAAACACGCAGGCUUUUUUGUUGCUGCUGUUCUGCUUCGUUUUUCCCUGGAGAAGCCUGCAUGACAUCGCCUCUUCCCUUUGGAAGCAAGGGAAACGGUGGGAUUGAUUUGGAUCUAUGGAGCUCUCGCUGUAAUUGGGAGAUCUGCCCAAAAUGUGGUCCGUGUGGUGCGCCGGGGAGGAGAAGCGAGUGGGCACGCGCACCGUGGUGGUUGGGCACCGGCCGGUCUCGGAAGCGGACGCCUACGUGGCACAGAAGUUCUGCGACAACAGGAUCGUCUCAUCCAAGUACACGAUCUGGAACUUCCUUCCGAAAAACCUCUUUGAACAGUUCAGAAGAAUUGCCAACUUCUACUUCCUCAUCAUCUUCCUUGUGCAAGUCAUAGUGGACACCCCAACCAGUCCGGUGACCAGUGGGCUUCCCCUCUUCUUCGUGAUCACUGUCACAGCCAUCAAGCAGGGAUAUGAGGACUGGCUGAGGCACAGAGCUGACAACGAAGUAAACAAAAGCAACGUCUUCAUCAUUGAAAAAGCAAAGCAAGUGCAGAAAGAGAGUGAAAAAAUCAAGGUUGGAGACAUAGUGGAGGUGAAUGCGGAYGAGACCUUCCCCUGUGACUUGAUAUUUUUGGCCUCAAGUAGCGUUGAUGGGACCUGCUACGUCACUACAGCCAGCCUUGAUGGCGAGUCGAAUUUCAAGACUCACUACGCGGUGCGGGACACGGCCGUGCUCUGCACGGAUGAAGCCAUAGACACCCUCACUGCCACCAUCGAGUGCGAGCAGCCGCAGCCGGACCUCUACAAGUUUGUUGGAAGAAUUAUUAUCUACAGAAGCAAUCAGGAGCCUGUGGCCAGAUCUUUGGGUCCUGAAAACCUGCUGCUGAAAGGUGCUACCCUCAAAAAUACCAAGAAGAUUUACGGAGUUGCAGUCUAUACUGGAAUGGAAACGAAAAUGGCUUUGAACUACCAAGGGAAAUCUCAGAAACGCUCUGCUGUAGAAAAAUCUAUCAACGCUUUCUUGAUAGUGUAUUUAUGCAUCCUGCUGAGCAAAGCCACAGUGUGCACAACACUGAAAUAUGUCUGGCAGAGUAAUCCGUUUAAUGAUGAGCCUUGGUACAAUGAAAAGACGAAGAAAGAGAGGGAGACGUUCAAGGUUUUGAGGAUGUUCACAGACUUCUUGUCGUUCAUGGUCCUGUUCAAUUUUAUUAUCCCUGUCUCCAUGUACGUUACCGUAGAGAUGCAGAAGUUCUUGGGCUCCUUCUUCAUCUCGUGGGAUAAGGAGAUGUACGACGAAGAAAUAAAAGAAGGCGCGCUGGUGAACACCUCUGACCUCAAUGAGGAGCUCGGGCAGGUGGAAUACGUGUUCACCGACAAAACGGGAACCCUGACGGAGAACAGCAUGGAGUUCAUUGAGUGCUGCAUAGAUGGGCACAAGUACAAAGACUGCGUCUCAGAGGUCGAUGGCUUCUCCCAGACUGAUGGACCCCUAAAAUACUAUGGCAGAGCAGAGAAGUGUCGAGAAGAGCUGUUCCUGCGUGCCUUGUGCCUGUGCCACACUGUUCGCAUCAAAGAGGGAGACCAGGUGGAUGGGCUCAUCGGACAGCCGGAGCACAAAUGUACCUACAUCUCUUCUUCCCCGGAUGAAAUUGCUUUGGUGAAGGGAGCAAAAAAGUAUGGUUUCACUUUUCUAGGACUUGAAAAUGACUUCAUGAAAAUACAAAACCAAAAGAACGAAACUGAAAUGUACCAGCUUCUCCACGUAUUGAACUUUGAUCCCRUCCGUCGUCGCAUGAGCGUCAUCGUGAGAACCACCACAGGAAAGUUGCUCCUCUUCUGUAAAGGAGCAGACUCUUCUAUUUUUCCAAGGGUGCAACAAGAAGAAAUCCAGCAAACUAAAGUCCACGUAGACCGCAAUGCUAUGGAUGGCUAUCGAACACUGUGUGUGGCAUUCAAAGAGCUAACUCAAAAGGAGUAUGACAAAAUUGACAGGCAGCUUAAUGAAGCGAAAAUGGCUCUGCAGGACAGAGAAGAAAAGAUGGCAAAGGUUUUUGAAGACACAGAAGCCGACAUGCACUUGAUUGGGGCUACUGCUGUAGAAGACAGGCUGCAGGAGGAGUCAGCAGAGACGAUCGAAGCUCUGCACGCGGCUGGCAUGAAGGUGUGGGUGCUGACGGGGGACAAGAUGGAAACGGCCAAAUCCACGUGCUACGCYUGCAGGCUCUUCCAGACCAGCACCGAGCUGCUGGAACUCACGGCACGGACCGUGGGCGAGGGUGAGAGGAAGGAGGAUCGACUCCAUGAGCUCCUCAUGGAAUAUCACAAAAAGCUGAUUCAAGAUGCUCCCAAAAAUCGGGGAGGCCUGAAGAGAAGCUGGACGUUCAGCCAGGAAUAUGGCUUGAUUAUCGAUGGCUCAACGCUGUCACUAAUACUCAAUCCUUCUCAGGAUUUCAGUUCUAGUAACUACAAAAACAUAUUUCUGCAAAUCUGCUUGAAGUGCACUGCAGUCCUUUGCUGUCGGAUGGCUCCUUUGCAGAAAGCACAGAUUGUAAGAAUGGUGAAGAACACAAAAGGGAGUCCGAUAACACUAUCCAUAGGCGAUGGGGCGAAUGAUGUCAGUAUGAUUUUGGAAGCGCAUGUUGGAAUAGGUAUAAAAGGCAAAGAAGGACGCCAGGCUUCAAGAAAUAGUGAUUAUGCUGUUCCAAAGUUCAAACACUUAAGAAAAUUGCUACUAGCACAUGGGCAUUUAUAUUAUGUGAGAAUAGCACACCUUGUACAGUAUUUCUUCUAUAAGAACCUUUGCUUCAUAUUACCGCAAUUUUUAUACCAGUUCUUCUGUGGAUUCUCACAGCAGCCGCUGUACGAUGCUGCUUACCUUACGAUGUACAACAUCUGCUUCACGUCGCUCCCCAUCCUGGCGUACAGCCUCCUGGAGCAGCACAUCAGCAUCGACACCCUGACCUCAGAUCCGCAGCUGUACAUGAAAGUUUCCGACAACGCCAUGUUACAGUGGAAGCCUUUUUUAUACUGGACCUUUCUGGGCGCCUUUGAAGGACUUGUGUUUUUCUUUGGAGUUUAUUUUCUUUUUCAAAAUUCAUCAUUGGAAGAUAACGGAAAGGUUUUCGGAAAUUGGACCUUCGGGACUAUUGUUUUCACCGUGUUGGUGUUCACUGUCACGCUGAAGCUAGCGUUAGAUACGCGGUUCUGGACGUGGAUGAACCACUUUGUGAUCUGGGGCUCCCUGGCUUUCUACGUGUUUUUCUCGUUCUUCUGGGGAGGUGUCAUCUGGCCUUUCUUGAAGCAGCAAAGAAUGUAUUUUGUAUUCGCCCAUAUGCUGACUUCUGUUUCCACGUGGCUGGCAAUAAUUCUCCUGAUCUUUAUCAGCCUUUUCCCAGAAAUUCUUCUAAUAGUUUUAAAAAAUAUAAAAAAGAAAAAGCAUCAGACUGGCCCCUUUGAUCUGCCUAUGUUAAUGUCAUACAAACGCAUAGAAAAUGGUUAUGUGAAGACUGAAGAUGCUGUUACUAACUUGGCAGAAAGAUAUCCUCUCAGGAUACUCUAAAUGCUCCGUACAAACGCUGCAUUUGGUCCUGCUGUAGGGAAAGAAAAACCCAAAACCCACCUGUCUUUAACCUAACGGUUCUYGUUAAAAUUAACAAGAAUUGUAAGCAGCCGUGCUGAUGAAGCAGUAGCCAGGGCGCUGGCUCCAGAACCCAUUUGUCUUUGGUCUUGUUGCUCCCACGCCCACUCCCAAAGUAUCUUCUAAAUCGAAAGUAAUCGGAGGCUGAGGAAGCAUCUUUGGAAAUUCCGUAAAAACRAAACGCAAAAGCAGAAAAGCAGCAGCAUCCUGCUGAGCACCAUGGCUCUGUGGCUGCCCAGGAGCUAUUUGGUGCCGAAGCCUCUUGCUUUGCCCAACCAAAGAAGCCGCGUGGACUUUAGAGGCUGCUCUGGUCCCAUCCAGCUGCCCGAGGGCUCCGUGGGAAGAGCUGGGUCCRACAUGGGAGCGCACGCAGUGCUGGGUCUGCGUCUGGCUCCACACGCAGCUGCAACGUCUGGYUCUGGGAUGGGAUGGAUGGGGACGGCCUGGAGAUGCCCUCAGCAAUGGGGAUGUGCGGUGGUCCUUGAGGAGCAGUGCGUCAAUGGGCCCUUCCUGGAGGAAAGGGAAGAAGUGGUGGUUUUCCCUCRUUUCCCAGUGCUGCUCUCCGGACACGGGCUGUGCCUGGCCCCAUGCAGGCUGUAGACUGCAUCCGCAGUUAUUUGCACUAAGAAAAAAUAGUCAUAUGAAAAUAAAAGGCAUACGUUAGUCUGAGCUCAUUGAUUUUAUACUUUACUUGGUUUUUAAAUUGGCAUGUCCUUUUUAAAUCCACCUUUACUAAGACUUGUUUCUUUUUGGGUUGUAAAUAUCACAUGCGCGUAGCAGAGAUGUGGGAUGCCUGAACCUCUGCKCUCUCUAAUGCUUCAGAGGGGAAAAAUGCAGCUGUUAACAUUGUUUUGAAUCCUAAAGGGUCACGGGAGCAGCUUGUGCGCCGCUGUCACRCGAUGUGAAGGCUUGUCCUCGUGCUGACUUCCCGUUGCCUUGUUUGGUACCAUCUGCAUGGCAGGAGCUGCUGUGAUGAGCAACCACGUCCAGCUCUGGAGGGACACCAAGCUUCGUGCCGCGGUCAGAUCUGGCUCCAUUGGGUUCCUCCUCGGCUCCAUUUCAUUUCUGCAUGGAGCAACAGCAAACUGGGACUAGGCAGAGCAUCCCCUUCACCUGGCUGUGUGGCGGAUGGACGUGGGGACUGGUCCUGCACGCCCUGCACUGCGUCCCUGUGGCAGUGGCCACAGCUCAACUCCUUGCUGCAUGCGAGCUGGGAGCUUCCAGCAUGUCCCCCAGGCAGAGCUCCUGCCGCUUCCUUCUCUAGCUCCUCCGUGGACCUGGAAUCCACCCUGCAGCCCUUGGCCAACUCUUGGCAAUUUAUUCCUAAACUGUGGUGCCUACAGACAAAGCGUGCGAUGAACGCAAGAAGACGCGCUCUCUAUGCCAAAUCUAACCUUUCUCCUUAAAUACGCACUUGCUCUCUUCUGUUUACAURACCUUCAAAAAGUGGGCACUGAAAGGCGUAAUUCCUGUGAUUCAAAACCAUUCCAAGCCCAGAUCGUCCCAAGUCUGGCAACCUGCUCCUCGAUUCGCUCUGCGUUGCGUUCCACGUCGAGGGACAACCUCUCCUCCCGUGGUUUUGUCGAUGAUGUUCCGUGUGGGGAGCAGGAUGAAGCUUGCAACGUUUUGCUAUGUAUGAAGUGUCCUCCUAAAGGUGCUCACACGGGCUAAACUGUGCAGCCCGGCGCAAGAYGAGCCUCCUGCAAGCCACGUCUCCUCCUUCCCGUUUGCGAGCAUGCAGUAUCACCRUGGAGCUGAACCGUUUGCUAUAGCUGUGUCUUCAAACCCAAGGCCUGUGCAAGCUGCUGAAACGUGGGCUGAGGUGAACGUGAAGUGUCUCGAAUGCCAGCUCUUUUUGGAAACGCACGUUUCCUUGCGUUUGGCGCUCCAGCUAUUUCAGUGGCACCAGGACAGCCCCGUUGUCCUCCUUCGGAAGCAGCAGAAGGGAAGUUUCUGGUGCUGCAGAUGCUCUGUGAAACGCAAGGAAACAGGAGACCAAGUCUGGAGUUGGAGGAGGACAGGAAAAGCGRUGAUAGUGGCUGUAAAAUAUCCAUAAGGAUGAGAUGGUGACGGUGAUUUGACAGUAAUGCUGUGAUUGUUCCUAUAAAAGACAAUACAAGCUGCGCUGUUGCAGUGCUCUUCAGGGAGCUAACAGGUCAGUACAGGCUUAUCGGUGGAAAAACUUGAAGGAAAAAGGCUAGGGCUUUUGCUAAUAACUCAUUGAAGUUUAAUCACUGGUUAGUGACUCAAAGAUAAAAAAAGUUAAUUACAAUUCCCCCUAAAAGUUUUUUUAAUAGCAAAACUUGAUGUAGGCAUAGCUACUUUUCAAAAGAAAGAGGAAAAACUAAUCUUCAUUAUUUUGAGAAUGUUAUAAAUUACUUGGGAUUGUGUAAAAGCUUAAAUUGAAUUUGUAUACACACUGACAGUUGAAARCUGCACCUAAUACUGCUCUAUUCAUCCAAUUUCCCAGCCGUGGAUUUUUUUUAAAACACCAUGUAGUAUAUA